AAAAGCCUUACACAAAAACAAAAAGGCAACACAAUCAAUCAAAGGUAAUAGGAGGGGGGAAAUGUAGAGGAAUUAUUUCCUUCCAAUAUAAGUUACUCGAAAUCAGACGGGAGUGGGUUUGUUUCCACCCUUCUAGUGGCGGAUUUGUAAUUUGAAUAUUCAAAAUACUCUCACUCACACUCUCAUUACCACCACCGCCAUUUUCUCCGGCAACCACCACCGGCACAACAUGGCCGCUGCAAAACCUACCGUCCGAUCAAUCUCUCAACAAGCAUUUAACGAAAUGGUUCAGGAAAACAUAGACGAUCUAGGUAUGGAUCCAGCAGAAGCCCUAGCCGACGCAAUCGAAACCCUAACUCUUCAAGGCGUAGAUCUCUCCGGCAUCGUCACCGAUACACUCCCCGGAGAAACUAAUCCGGUGAUCCAUUCGAUUGAUCGAAUCAAACAGUUACAGUUGCUGGAUUGGACCGAUGAAGCUGUUGUAGAUGAGGUUUUAGGGUUGUUGGAUGGCUUGGGUGAAUUGUUGCGUGUUGAGGGAUCUGGAAAUGGUGCAAUUGGUGCUAGAAAUGGUGGUGUGGAUGCUAUGUAUGAAGUUUGUUUGAAAGCUAGGGCUGGUGGUUGUGGUUCUGUGCUUGUGAAGGGUUUACAUGUGUUGGCUGCGUUUCUUCUUGAUCUUCAAAGUACAGAAACUUUUAGGCAACGCGGAGGACCAAAAAUGUUGAUUGAGAUCCUAAACAAAGAAACUGAAAAUGUGAAUAUUUUGAACAGUGGUUUUUCUGUUGUUGCCGCUGCUUCAACUGGUAAUGAGGUUAUUAAAGAAUCGUUUGUGGAAUUACACAUAGAUGAAUUAAUAGUUACAAUUAUGAAGAAACAUACAAUAGGGACCAUUCCCUGUUUAUAUGAUGCUAUCAGAGUGCUUUUGGCUGCUGAUGAUAACCGUGUAGUGGCUUCACAAGUUUAUGGCUAUGCUCGACAAUUUGCGAAAGUUGGAAUUGCUGAAGUUCUUGUGGAGUCGUUAAAGGAUGGAAUUAGCUCACCAGGUCUUGUGUCAGCAACUAUCGCACUAAAAGCCGUUGCAGUGAAUGAUGAAAUAUGCAGAUCGGUUGCUGAAAAGGGUGGUAUAGAUUCAUUGCUCAUUUGUAUUGAUGAAAGUGGUGUGCAAGGGAAUAAAAUUGUGGCUAAAGCUUGUUGCUCGUUAUUAUCAAAGUUGGCUGGAAGCGACUUUAACAAGAGUGCUAUUGUCGAAAGGGGAGGGUUGAAUAGACUUAUCACACUUUCUAGCAGACUUGCUGACGAUCCUUCUGUUCUCCAAGAGGUGAUGACUAUCAUAUGCACCCUGUGCCUGCGAUCACCCGCAAAUGCAUCUUUGGCAAUGGAAGCAGGAGCAGGAGACCUUGCUAUUCAAUCGAUGCAAAAGUUUCCUCUCUCAUAUCAACUGCAGAAAAACACUUGCCUUAUGAUCCGUAAUCUUGUCGCCAGAAAUCCAGAAAACAGGCCCGUUUUAUUGAGUAAUGGUAUCGAGAAGAUAAUAAGGAAUGCUAAGGAAAACCACAAAAGCUGUAAAGAUGCAGCCGUUGCUGCUCUUAGAGACUUGGGGCUUGAAAACUACAACUCUUAGGUGUGCGCCGCUCGAUCAUAUUUUGUUGCCUGAAACAGAUAAUUUUGUAUUAAUUUGGACUAUUGAUGUGAUAUAUGUGAUUCCCAUGAUGCCGAGGUUGAUUAAAACACUUUUUUUUUCAAUAUUAUUGAACAUACAUACCUUUUUUUUACGGGAAACA